AUGCAACAGCAGCUGCUGAGUGACCACAACAGUGUGGCAUUCAUGGAGUGCCAGGACAGGCAGGACAAUGAGAAGCCAAUGGCGCAGGGUCCCCCAGGUGGUGUUAUCGGGAUCCUUGGAGGUGUUGUUGCCAUUGGACUCAUCAUUGGCGUGGCUGUUACUGUUGUCAUGGUCCAUCGGCGGCAGCAGAAGACCCGCACUGAGACAGAUAAUGACCUGACUGACCUCCCACCUGUGCACAAACCAGCCCCUCCUCCACCCAAAAAGAAGAACAGUGACAUGAAGGGACACUUGACAUCUGAUGACAUCCAGGUGGUUCAUCUCGACAAGGAGGAAGAAAUGCAGAAGCUUCCUCUUCAGCCUCCUUAUUACGACAUGGCACCCUCUGAGUCGACCCCCUUCACCGAUAAGCCGGACUCUGGGAGGCAUCCAGAAGAGCCUUUGAACCCAGCUGAAUAUAUGAGCUACCAACGUGUCUGCAACAUGGAACAAUUCCCCGAGUCUCAGCCUGCUCCUGCUUACCCUCCUGUUACUUUCCUGCCUCAGCACCCUUACACUCAGCACCCCUCCAACGAGCCCAUGUACUCCAACACGAGCUUCCCCACCCACGGCCCUCGAGCUCCAUUCACGUUCCCAAAGGAGCAAUCUGUGUGACAUGCCACGUAACUAUUAUCUCAGCGAGAGGCAACAUGAUAGUGCCACAAAUGCUUCAUGAAAAACAAAGCUCUGCUGAACAGAUGUGCAUCUAUCCCCAUCUUGCUUCUGUUUCCUCUAUAGGCUUAAAACACUUGUGGGCUUCCCCCUGCCAUAUGAAAGCGUCCCUCAAUCCCUUGUGUAUUGUGUGCUGCUUGCUCCACUGAAGCUAUAGGACCCCAGUUAUCUCGUGAUGUUAGCAUCCUCGCCACCAGCUACUCUCUUCCACCACUCAAUCCUUUACCCUUCACAUGUGCCCACUCAUCCUGUUUGCUUUUUAUUGCCUCCUCACCUUUGAAUAUUUUGGGUUUUGCCAACUGUCUGUACAGAAUAUGCCACUCAAAAUGUUUUCUCUAUUUCUUUUUUUUACAUUUCCCACAGUGGUAGUGACCUUUUAUAGCAAUGUGGUUCUUUUGUUUGUAUUCUGUUUGUCUGUCAAUCAUAUGCUUGCUUCUUUGAAAGUCAUAUACUAUAAUGUAUGUGUGAUCAGGUGUUUACUGGUGGACUAAAAAAAAUAUAAGAAAUGCCAAUUAAUUUGUAAAACUAAUUAUCAAUCUGUAAUGACAUGGACUACCCCUUUAAUGACGGUUAAUGACUGGGUUGUUAUGUGAAGAGGUGAAUUGGCAGUCUUUCAGCUGGAUCCUUCAUUACUUUUCAUAAUUGCUUUGCUGUUAUGAAGUUUGACUGGCUACUUUGGACUGUUAGAAGAGAAUGUUAUCCUCAUAAGCUAAGAAGAAAAACAAAGGGCUCGAGAUCCAACAGUACCUACUUUCUGCUCACUCUCCAUGUCUCAUUAUCCUUCCCUUCAGGCUACUAUUAUUUUCAUUGUCAUCUAUCAGUAGUUGCCAAAGACAUAGUUUUGCUUGGAUUUUUUGUCCAUUUGCUUUCAUCCUAGCAAUUACAUUAAAAUGAUCUGAAGGGAAAUAAAAACAUACUUGAUUGGCAACUUGCUACGCUUUCCCAGUUUACAUUAUCCUUUUACCAUAUGCUGUAUUAUUCAUAUCUUUAUAUGAAAGUGUGUUCAGCGGUUGGUUUGAGGUUCAUUACUUCAUGGGUCCAUCCCCAGAUAGCAGAUGCAUUUGGGCCUAAUUUGGAUGACUUUUUGUCACCUAAGGCUCUACCAAGUAUUGUGUAGGACAGAUAUGGCCCGCAAAUCAUGAGCCGGGCUUAGUAUGGGUUAUAGUAAAUAUCGUGCUCAAAUGUCAAGACAAACCUCACCCCUGGAUCACAUAAAGUAAACUUGAGGUAGAUUUGAGGCAGGCAGGGUCAUUCCUGAAUGAAUGAAGUCAGUCAAGGUCAAAUAUGGUCCAUAAAAAUCUGCAAAUGUGGGCCACAGUUGGACCAAAUAUUCUUUGGUCUCUGGGUUGUUUUCGUUCAGAGUUAUCAAAUAACUGGUACGGGUAAAAGGUGAAGACAAUCACAUGCUUGGGUUGUCCUGGAAAAAAAAAAAAAUCAUGGAUAAAGUGAAAAGGCUUUUUCAAGGACAGCCCACCCACUUAACAUAUUUAAAUAUUUUUUAAAUAUGAUUUGUACUAUUAUAACCUAAAUAAGUUUAAAUCAAUCUAAGGAACCGAAGAUAAAAGCUUGCUACUGUAUUUUUUUAGACAAUACUCAGUUAUAUAUGAUAGCACUCCACCUAUUUUCAUAGUCCAUUUUACACUGUUACUUUCAGACCAUACAUAAGCUAACAUGCUUGACGAGCCAAUUUCAGGAUACCGCCUCCUACACGCAAGUCCUCUAGACACAGAAAAUUAGCAUAAACUGAAAGUUCACAUUUUUUGCCAUGUCAGAUGUACGUUUGGAAAAAAAAUAAAGAAAAGAAAAUACUUGUGUUUGUGAUCGAUGUGAAAAAAAACCCCUUGAGGUGUUGAAGGUAAUUUAGUGUUUACUCUUAAUGGUGAUGGUAAAUGAAAUAGAGUAAAACUUGUGAGACUUUCUCCUGUGCUCACCUUGUUGUCUUGCAAUGGCUUGAUAUGUGUGCUAGCAUUUAGUUUAAGCAGUGGUAUCUGGUUUGAACCACUGAAGGAGUUUGUUAUCGCUGUACCUGCUGUGAGAAAAGACACUUACACACAUCUUUGUCUUUUUGUGACACAUUUAGUCUUCAAGAGAUCCUUCCUUUUUAUUAUUAUUAUUAUCAUUAUUAUUAUUAUUAUUAUUGAUAAGUACUACUACAUACUAUAUAAUAUGCUAGAAAUUGGGCUUUACAUCUAUAAAAAAAAAAAUACAUUUUUACUCUGUUCCUUUUUGAUGUCCUGACAAUGAUUGCCAUGUUUGUUUUAACCUUUUGAUUUGUGUUUUGUAAAACUGUAACAUUUUGUUUUAUUACUAUGGUUUUUCUUUUUUUUUUCUUCUUCUUUUUUUUUUUUUACAAUUUACAAUAUUCAUAUACAGUAAAGGAAGCCUACAUCACAUUUCUUUUGACUUUCAUUGCGCAUUUGUGGAAGAGUAAAACCCAAAUAAAUAUUAAGAUUAUAAGCUCUUUUGACUGAAAUAAUGAAAGAAAGUUCAACAGUUUAACCUGUUUUUGUUUUAUUUGUUUUUAGGGAUUUUGAGUUAUGUUCGAUGUAAAUAUUAACAAUGUAUCUGAUGUGUGUAAAAAAAAAAAAAUCAUGCAA